CCCCCAUGAGAGUGGAACCAAUGAGCGAGCCAGGACUCGGCCCGGUGGAGGGGGUUGCACUGCGGUAAUAUGGCUCUUUCUUAGCAAGCGGCGGCGGCCAGCGCGGGGACGGAGCAACCCUGCCUCUCAGGUGGCCGGUGUCUAGGCUCCAGGGGCUCCUUGGGUCGUGGCUAGGAGGCGGUGGCGGAUGCUGGAGGGACGUCCUCCCCGCCGCUGGGCGGCCGCUGCGUCGAGAUGAGCGCCUCCGCUUCGAUCGGGGGCCCGGUCCCCGCUCCGCCCCCGGGCCCGGCGGCCGCCCUACCGCCGGGUUCUGCCGCGCGGGCCCUGCAUGUGGAGCUGCCGUCUCAGCAGCGACGUCUUCGACAUCUUCGGAAUAUAGCUGCUCGGAACAUUGUUAAUAGAAAUGGACAUCAGCUCCUUGAUACCUACUUCACACUUCACUUGUGUAAUGCUGAAAAGAUAUAUAAAGAAUUUUAUAGAAGUGAAGUGGUUAAGAAUUCUUUGAAUCCAACGUGGCGGAGUCUUGAUUUUGGAAUAAUGCCAGAUCGACUUGAUACAUCUGUGUCUUGCUUUGUAGUGAAGAUAUGGGGUGGAAAGGAGGACAUUUACCAGCUGCUGAUUGAAUGGAAAGUCUGUUUGGAUGGGCUGAAAUACUUGGGUCAGCAGAUUCAUGCCCGCAACCAAAAUGAAAUAAUUUUUGGGCUUAAUGAUGGCUACUAUGGUGCUCCAUUUGAACACAAGGGUUAUUCAAAUGCUCAGAAGAAUAUUCUUCAGGUGGAUCAGAACUGUGUUCGUAAUUCUUAUGACGUCUUCUCUUUGCUACGGCUUCAUAGAGCCCAGUGUGCAAUUAAACAGACUCAGGUAACUGUUCAGAAGAUUGGAAAAGAAAUUGAAGAAAAACUAAGACUCAAGUCUACAAGCAAUGAGCUGAAAAAAGAAAGUGAAUGCCUACAAUUAAAAAUUUUGGUGCUUCGAAAUGAACUGGAAAGACAGAAGAAAGCUUUGGGACGGGAGGUGGCAUUGCUUCAUAAACAGAUGAGCAGUUGUCAAGAAAAAGGAAGUGCAUUUUCAACUGAGCACCUCAAGCUUCAGCUCCAGAAGGAAGCCCUAAAUGAGUUGAGGAAGGAGUGUACUGCAAAAAGAGAACUCUUUCUGAAGACUAAUGCCCAGUUGACAAUUCGUUGCAGGCAAUUACUCUCUGAGCUUUCCUACAUUUACCCUGUUGAUUUGAAUGAGCAUAAGGAUUACUUUGUAUGCAGUGUCAAAUUGCCUAAUUCUGAGGACUUCCAAGCAAAAGAUGAUGGAAGCAUUGCUGUUGCCCUUGGUUACACUGCACAUUUGGUCUCCAUGAUUUCCUUUUUCCUACAAGUGCCCCUCAGAUAUCCUAUAAUUCAUAAGGGGUCUAGAUCAACAAUCAAAGAUAAUAUCAAUGACAAGCUGACUGAAAAGGAAAGAGAGUUCCCACUAUAUCCAAAAGGAGGAGAGAAGUUGCAGUUUGAUUAUGGUGUCUACCUUCUAAACAAAAAUAUAGCACAGCUAAGAUAUCAACAUGGACUAGGGACUCCAGACUUGAGGCAAACCCUUCCUAAUCUGAAAAACUUCAUGGAGCAUGGACUAAUGGUCAGGUGUGAUAGACAUCACACUUCCAGUGCAAUCCCUGUUCCAAAGAGACAAAGCUCCAUGUUUGGGGGUGCAGAUGUAGGCUUCCCUGGGGGGAUCCCAUCGCCAGACAAAGGACAUCGAAAACGAGCCAGCUCAGAGAAUGAGAGACUCCAGUACAAAACCCCUCCUCCCAGUUACGACUCCACAUUAGUGCAGCCAGUGACCACCAUCCCUUCUGUGGGAGAAUCCGAAAGAAAGACAGCAUUUCUGUCCUCCUCCUUGGACACCUCCUUGGACUUCUCCAAAGAAAACCAGAAAAAAGAAGUGGAUUUCGAUGAUAGCUUGAACAGCAGCCAUGUGAGUGUAAACACUAGCCGAGAACCAGGAGAAGCCCUCUCUGUGCACCCGGCCACAGUCAAUGGCACUCUGCUGCCCGGUGAGCAGGCUGGCUCUGCCAGUGUCCAGCUCCCAGGUGAGUUACACCCAGCCUCAGGAGCGGAGCUCUGCUGUACCGUGGAGCAAGCAGAAGAAAUCAUCGGGCUGGAAGCCACAGGCUUCACCACAGGUGACCAGCUAGAAGCAUUUAACUGCAUUCCAGUGGACAGUGCCGUAGCAGUGGAAUGUGACGAACAAGUGCUGGGAGAAUUUGAAGAGUUCUCCCGGAGGAUAUAUGCACUGAAUGAAAAUGUGUCCAGCUUCCGCCGACCACGCAGGAGUUCUGAUAAGUGAAGGGAGCAGGCAGAUCGGAAGACCAGGGCAGGAUCACUGCCCAAAAGGAGAAUAAAGCUGCACUUACUCUUUUUAAUAAUUAUGACACAACAUGAAUAUUAAUGGAGGAUAUUCCUCAGAAAAACAGACUUUGGGACUAGAGGAGGGACUCAGGAUCAUUGUGAUUCCGUGGGCCAGACAAAGAUUGUGCUUUCAGGGUUUGCUUUUCAGGCCUGAUCAUUGUUUUAAGGCAAAAGUCACUCUCUAGUUGAAAGAGCUUAUAGCUCAAGUCACCUUAUAGGCAUUUGUCUGCUUUUCAUUUACACUUAUACGUUAUACUCAGAGGGAAAAUGAUAAUAUAUAAAUAAUAUAAUGAACUCACCUUUAGUUUCUCAUAAGCAUUUGCCUUCAUCAUAGUUUAUAAAACUUUGAGAAAAUGGAAUAUUCAGGAAUAGCUUUCCACCGUUUACUGAAGGACGGUCUGUGGCCAUCUAUAAGGUUGAUGAACAGACCAUCAUCCUUUCCUUAUCCCCAGUCCCUGUGCCCCUGCCCUGGCACCCAGGGACUGCAGUGAAUGAACCUGUAGCCCUCACUGUCUCCCAUGUUCACAGUGGAUGGGCCAUGCAUCCUGAAGACCAAGGACAUCACAUUCACUGGCCUAAAACCUUAGUCAUGAUGUUCCAGCUCUUCUGAUCAGCUGUGACCUUUCACCUCUUCUGCCAUACCCUUGAUGUGGCCCUCAGAGUAGAUGAAAACUUGCCUGUAGUGGAUCCAGGAAACCCUCAAGGACCUGAGGUUCCUGCAGUCAGAUGACAUCCAGUUCCCUUUGAGAGCCAAAGUUUUUAUCUGGGUAGGUGCUUUGGUCAAAAACUAGGCAUGCUUCUGGCAGUACACUCACCAGACAAAAAUUCCUACAUAUAAAUCCCAUAUUAAUUUAUUAAAUUGCAGUCAAAGGAAGGCAUUGAAUAUGACAAUGUAUAGAGUCAGGCAGUCCAAUGUGCAAACUGCAAAGCAGUUGAGACAGUUGGUUUAAGAGACUAGAUGAGGCAUUGAAUAUUAUUUGUAUGUGUGCAAUUUCAUAAAUAUUAAAUUAUGUUUUUGAAGUCCCGUUAUUCCUACAGAUUUCAUUUGCUAUUGCUUUAUAUGUGAUGUACCCAAGGACGUUGCCUCAGGGUUGCAAGCUCUUUAAGGAAAAUUUAUCCAUAUAUCCAUGUAUUGUAUAGAAGAAUAAAAAUUGAAUUCACUUCACCCGACCUGAUUUUUUUACCCCCAGCUUUGAAAUUCCUCUUGAACCUAUGUCUCAUGAUACGUUACGAUGGGGCUAGCCUGAACAAAAGCCCUGGCUGUUUACAUAUUGCAUAUAGCAACACACAUCCUUCACAGGUGGACUCCCCAGUAGCUGCUUUUGUCCUGCAUGGUGGCUUAACUCAUAGAUCUCAUGAUCAUUUUAAUAUUAUGACCAAGGAACCAUUCCUCAAUGCAGUUUUAACUGAUAGCUACAAAUGUUAAAUAGACUAGUUCAUGUUGUUAUUUUCCAUAUAAAGAACGCACAGCAGCAGACCCAACUCUGAUGCAUUUGUAAACUUUACAUUGAUCUGAGGAAAUCAGUCUUAUCCCACACGGAGAAGUGGGGCUACCUCAGACCUUGAGCAGAGGCCAUCUGGAGCAGGAUCUUCUUUGUAGUGUACUGUUAUUCAUUGUAGAGUCAGAGGUUGGGGAGAGAUGUCAUCUUGGAUAUACAUUACUGUGGGUUCCUCCAGUAAAGUACCAUCUACAAAAUAAAAGGGUAUUUGAAAGUCAAUGUUAGUAUUAAAGCAUGAAAAUCAAAUCUCAUGAGUUUAGUGUUUUCCCCAGAUAUGGGGAGCUAAGCUCAAUCAAGGUGCUUGAUUGGUGCCUCUGACGCCAUGAAGCUGAAAGACUAUGUACAGGUUCCACACAACCACACAGCCUGGGGCCCUGGGACUCCUUCCAUCAGUCUCUGCUCUGUAGACUCCCUGAGUCUGAACUUUGUGGCUUUUUACUUCCACAAUAUGGAGCCUGCCUUGGAAAUGAUCAAAUUGCUCAGUAGCUGAUACACUUCCAUUUGACCCCCAAUGUCCAGUGAUGUGUGCACCAAAACACCCCUGAAACUUGGGUUUAUUUAGUUGGAUUUGGGGGUUUUUGUUUGAGUUUAUUCAGUGUCUGCAGGUUCUCCCAUGACCUAGGUAAAACCUACAGUAUUGCUGUUUAGCAGUUGUUCAGCAUUUUCCAAACCUUCAGAAUUAAUUUUGCCUCUAUUUAAAGUUGCCAAGGCCAAAAUACAGGAUGAUGUGUCUUCUAUUAAUAUUUUUGAUUAGUCUUAUAAUUCACUUUUUUUAAAUAUGGAAUUGAUUUGGAAGAUACAAGUUGAAAUGGAAAUUUGUUACUACCCAUUUUGGAGCUGCUAAGAGCCCUUUCAGUUUUCAAUAGCUGAAACACUGAACAGCCAGGAAAUGUUAUCAAGUGAAUAUUUGAUUGUUUUCUCUCUCCACUUCCCCUCAACGACUUCAGAAAUUCCAGAGAUUUUUUUUUUCCCCUCAGAAUAUUAGUUUUGGAAGAUUGUACCCAGCUAUAUUUUUUUAGCAGUUCUAAUGGUGCCCAUUUAUCCUGACCUAACUGGUUAUUCAAAUAAUUUUUUUAACCACUACGAAUAAUAAAUGGCAUGUGAAAUUGAUCUGUUGGUAAUUGGAAGAAAACUUAGCAUCUGUAUUUAUAAAAUAAAACUGAUUAGUAUUUA